AUGGCGGUACAGGCGGAGGAGAGGCGGGCGGCAGAGGCGCAAGGGCCGUCGGCAGCUGCGGAGGCGCCGGCUGCGAGGGAGGAGGAGCCGCCGGCCGACUUCAUCUGCCCGAUCACGACCGAGCUGAUGAUUGACCCGGUGAUGGCGGCGGACGGGCAUGCGUACGAGCGGACGGCGAUGGAGCGCUGGCUCGCGACCAAGUCGACGAGCCCGAUGACGGGCGAGGCGCUCGAGCACACUUUCCUCUCCACCAUCCACGUUCUGCGCCGGCAGAUUCGAGAGUGGCAGCAGGCGCGGGCUUGA